AUGCACGCAGCCAAAAAGCGUGCUGCUCCCCGAAUCGUCCUCCGGGUGAAUAUCAUCGAAGCUAAGGACCUGAAACCAAAGGACGUGAUCGGUACGAGCGAUCCGUAUUGUUUGCUGGGAAUCCAGGCAAACACCGGGAAGACAGCGCUGGAAGCUCUGCCCGUCAAGAAACAAAGCACGACGCGCGUGCUAAAAAGGGAAUUGAACCCGGUGUGGGACGAGUGGUUCCAGUUUGAAAUCAGGAACCUGAAAAACGAUCAUUUCCUGCUUGAUGUCUGGGACAAUGACCCGGAGCAGAGCUUGGCGGAUGCCGUUCUUAAUAUCGGUCAGAGUUCGAAUAUGGAAGACUUUCACCGCGGCAUCAAAGACAUAAGGAAAUGCUUGAAGAAAGGAGAAGAACUGGAUGACUUCCUUGGCCGGAUGAGUUGCGUAGUGAAAACUGUCCCGUCGGCUGGGGAAAGGGCGUGGUAUCAACUUGAGGGUCGCUCACACAAGUCGAAUGUUCAAGGUUUCGUGAGGAUUAGUUUUCGUCUGACAGCUGUCCAACCGAAUAUAAGCAUCAAAAAUGGAAGCAUCAAGGAAAUCCCUUCGAGCGAGAAUUGUCAAGAACAUAUUCUUAAAAAUGCAGACGUUGUCUCAGUGUUUAUCAAACACACUUUAAGCAGUAUCUAUCUUUCCGAGAAUAACAAGUGGAUUGGGUCGAUGGCCAAAGAACUUGUUAAUAUCAUCCAUCUCCAUGCAUUACAUCACGACAUGAGCGAAUUUCAGGAAGACGUCAGUUUGUGGAGAGCAUACACAGAGCAACACCACAAGAAAAGCAUGUGUCACUCGGCAAUGCUUUUUUACUUGGAACGUCUGAAAGUGUCGUGGGGUCAUGCGGAUCGCAAGAAAUUACAUAACGAAGAGAUUAUGAUAGUGCAAAAGUCUUUCCAUAUUUUUAUCAGCGACUGUUUGCAAAAUGUCCAGUUCUUUAGAGAGAGCGCCAAAGAUGGUCCGGAUUUUAACAAUUUGCUGAAAUGUUUAAACAUUCUCAACACAUUCGAUCUCGUUGGCCUUUGCUACCCAGUGGUCAACUUGAGCGGAGAGAUCGAGACGGCGCUGGUCAACGGGACAAAAGAAUGGUACGAGAAAGUGUUGGAAGACGUCGAACCGCCCACAAGUCUUCCCAAAGACGUAAUUCAAAGUCUAUUGAACUUGACUUUGAAUAUCAACGGCGAUUUAGUGAAGGCAAACUGUUAUUACAGAUCCAAAUUUCGGAUGGUGAAUAUCGAUUAUGAGCCGUUAAUCUAUCCGCUGAUUGAAAAGAGGCUCGUCAGCGAUAUUACGAAAGCGUUGGACAAACUUGGUAGCGGUGAUCGAGUUGGUUUCCGCGAGAUCAUCCAAUUUCGAAACAAUUGGAGAUACGACGAACAGCUUUGGACAACCCAUUUCAAACUCUACAUUGCUCUCAAGGAAGUCUCUUCCUAUUUCGAUAAGGUCCCCCUUAAGCAGAGAUAUUCACCGAAUCUUUCCAAAUACCACGAAUGGUUCCGUUUCCAGCUAGAACGUUGGAUGGUAAUGAGCCAUGAAAAAUCAUUGGCUGUCAUUAGAAAGGCGAUAGCCAUCGACGAAGCGGAAAGAGUGACAGACUUAACCGGUUUCACCUCGUCAGCAGUGGACGUUGGCGUGUGUCUCAACGAACUGUCCGAGAUGGUGUCCCAACUCGCUUGGCCCAACUUAUGCGAGUGGUACGCCAUCGGCACCUUGGUUAUGGCUAUGAUCUCAGAUGGGGCCAAACUUUACGCCAAACUCAUUUACGAAAAGCUUCAAGAAGUCAAAUUCUACGAUGAGGACGGCCAGUUCGAUGUCUCCAAUCAGCUGUGUCGAAUUAUCAAUAGUAUUGAACAGGUACGCUUGUCGCUUUCGCCGCAGUUUGAAAAGCUAGAGAGCUUGAGGCCGUCGACCGAUUCCUUGCUUAACGUUAAUGACGCCGAAAGAAUCGCGUUUCUAGCUGACAUCCGGGAUCAAAUCCUCGCCGACGCCAAUUCGACUAUUCUGAGCAUUAUCCUAAUGGUCAUGACGGCUGUUGCCAAACAAAUGCAGAAAGACCUCAAGGAGCAAAUGAAUGCAGUUUGCUCGGUGUAUCUUGAGCAGGUAUCCAGGGAGCAAGCAUUUGAGAAGCUGAACUCCUACCUUGAAACGAAUUUUGGUAUCUUACACAAGAAUCUCAUGACGUCGAUUAAAGAUCAAGCCUUUUUCGAAUGGGUGGAAGAUGUGUUGGAGCGAGUAGAAGCCAUUUUUUAUGCCGAUGGCAACGGACUUACCUGGAAUGCAAUGGAGACAAAAGCCUUUCUUGAAGUGAAAAAUGAGGUCUUGCUUCGUGGAGAAAUGGCAGGGUUAGAAGAAGCGAACAACAAAAGCACAUGUCUUUGCUGUUCUUAA